AUGCAUGCCGUGUCAUGGCGGUCCGCGCGCGCUGCCCGUAGAAUCCCCGCCCAGCUCAUCGCCGGCCGACGAUUCCCGCCGCGUCUGAGGACUUUCCACCGCUCCGCCCGCCUCGACUCCUCCACCGGCUCCCCCAACGAUCCCCGCGACCCUAGCACGCCCUCCGUCUCCGAGCGUGACAGUGAGAAGCCCGUCCACGCUGCGAAUUCCGCUCCUCCUGCUGGCGAGAACCCUCAGCAUGACGUCGGCCCCGAGAUAGCUACCGAGGCUGCCGAGGAGUCGCCCGCCGUGCUAGCGGAAAGGCUGCGCAAGACGAGACGCCUCUACCAAGCCGCCUUGAAACGCUCGUCCCGGACAAAGCAGGCCGAAGACUUUCCUCCCAUCGAAAUACCAGAAAGCUUCUUCAACAACAACGUCACAAUCCGUGAGGAUUGGGAACACGCUCGGGACACCCGAGAGCCAUGGGACGAUGCCGGAAAUCCUGCAGGGAGUCGCCCGCCAAAGCCCGAAACAAAGGGGAGCCUGUGUGUCUCUUGGACGGGCAAAAACGCCGAGGAGGAGAUAGCAAAGCUGUCGUUGCCUCUCCCAGAACAAUUGUAUAAGUUGCUGGAGAUGACGGCGGAAAAGUCGCAGGUUCGGCAUGAAAACCUCUUGGAGGUGCUGGAGAAGCUGGCGGAUGAAGACAAGUCGCAAGUUCGGUACGAGGAAAUCUUGGAGUAUGUGGAUAAGCUCUACGCUGGCAAAAUUCAAGACCUGACUCCGGAACUUGACAAGAGUCUCCAUGUCUCCUUAUACCUCGAGGUUUUCGCUUCCAUUUCCGGCAGUCUUGCUACCGCCAAGCCUGAAUUGGCCUCUUCUUUCCCUUCCGCGAAGUCCAAUCUUCUUCUUCACUCGCCCCAGGACGGCGGCAUCGCACGCCUGGACCAAUUGAUCGAGGAUGUAGCUGCUGAUCUGCAAGCCGACGUCGUGAAGCUUGACUCGCAGGAUAUCGCAGAGCUCGUUGGCGAUUAUCUCGGAGACGGCUCUGACCCCAACGCCCUCUCUCUUCGAUCUCUGGGCUACGAGACGUUUCGGUCAAAAUCAGACAGCGUUGACUGGGAAGAAGACGAAUUUGAUGCAGUCGAGGCGGCCGAAGAGGAGACCGAGGAUGGACAAGAUGACCCUUUGUCUGCUGGAGGUCGUACGUCGCCGGCUCCCAAGGGGGGCAAGAGGGGCGGAAAUACGCCCUUUGUCUUACAGGGAGUGCACACUAUAGACAUCAACGAAUAUUUCAAAACGCUGUCUACACCUGCGCGUGGGCCACCGGGCCGAAACGCUGCAGUAGGAGCGGCUGAAUUCACCCCCGCUCAGUUUGGAAGGGAUUCAUCGCCGGAGACAGCGCGAUGGAAUGACAUGAAGCUUGGCGCCUAUCUCGAUGCUUUGCUUGACGCGGCCGCCACAAAGCGAAAUGGUCGGAAGGAGCAAUCGCAACCCCGGACGACAGAAAAAGAGCAGCGGGAGGAGGCCAGCUCAGAGCCACUCGUUUGGAAAAGAGGCUCGUUCAGAUUGGCCCUCGACAAGAGCGCCUCACAAGGCAUCCAAACACCUCCAUCGCAACGAACAAUCAUACUCAUCAACGACUACAAGGAACUCACCGUCACCCGCCAAGGGGCACGAGUCUUGGACAAGAUCACUGAGCUAGUCCACAACAGGAGAAAAGAAGGAUCUGAGAUCAUGAUCGUUGGCGUCACGUCGUCCGCUGAGCUUAUUCCCGAGCUAUCCCGCUCAGCUAUCCGAAGUCUGCAAGCAGAGAAUGAAGAUAGUUUCUUCAGAACGAUCAUCGUUCCUCUCGGCGCAACGUCGCUGAAGCCGUCUAUAGAAACACAAAAGGGCAUAAGCGAGUGUUACGAGCAGGUGGACAAGCAAAUCCUUCCGCCACAACCCCUUGACUUUGAUACGGCCGAACGCAGGCGAAACGAACAAAUCAAUGUCAGGCAUAUCCAGGACAUGAUCCGGAGACUGGACCCUAGCGCCAAGGGCGUAGACUAUGCGAUGUCUAAGCUGCAACAUUCUCCAGUAGUCGACUGGAAGUCAAGAGUGUUCGCGUUCCACGAGGUCCAUCGCCUCGUGCAAACUGCGAUUGGGCUGCACCGAACCGCUGGCGAAACCCAAGAACUAAACAAGGACCUACUCAUCUUGGCUGGAUUUCUGCUGCGCUUGAGCGACGACGUCAAAUUCUCCUGGGUGGCGAACGAGCGACAAAACGAGCGCUCGGCAGCGCUUAAAGAUUCAACCAUGAACCAAGCUGCCGGCAAGAUUGCACCGACCAAGACCCCUUCCGACUUGAAGUUGGAAAAGGUCCAGAAAACGGCAAAUAAGCACGAGAAGAAGCUGCUUCUUGGAGUUGUCAACCCCUCUAACAUCAAAACCACCUUCGCCGACGUCCACGCACCACAAGAAACUACAGAUGCCUUGAAAACCAUGACAUCUCUCUCUCUUCUCCGCCCCGACGCUUUCAGCUACGGUGUUCUCGCAACCGACAAGAUCCCCGGCAUGCUCCUCUACGGCCCCCCCGGUACCGGCAAGACGCUCCUCGCAAAGGCCGUGGCCAAAGAAAGCGGCGCGACGGUACUCGAAGUCAGCGGCAGCGAGGUGUAUGACAUGUACGUCGGCGAGGGCGAGAAGAACGUGCGCGCCAUCUUCUCGCUCGCACGAAAGCUCUCGCCCUGCGUCGUCUUCAUCGACGAAGCCGACGCCAUGUUCGGCAGCCGAUCCGGCUCCCGCCACCGCACGUCGCACCGCGAGGUGCUCAACCAGUUCCUCAAGGAGUGGGACGGCAUGAACGACCUGAGCGUCUUCAUCAUGGUCGCCACCAACAGGCCCUUCGACAUGGACGACGCGGUCCUGCGGCGGCUGCCGCGGCGGCUGCUCGUCGACCUGCCGACGCAGAAGGACCGCGAGAGCAUCCUCCGCAUCCACCUCAAGGACGAGCAGCUGGAUCCGGGCAUCAGGCUGGACCAGCUGGCAAAGGACACGCCCUUCUACUCGGGCUCGGACCUGAAGAACCUGUGCGUCGCCGCGGCGCUGAACUGCGUGCGCGAGGAGAACGAGGUCGUGGCCUUGGUCCGCGAGCACCAGGAAGCCGACGCCGAUGCGUCGUCCGCACCGGCGGCGUCCGAGGAAGGAAGCAAGGAUGGUGCCGCCGCCGCCGAAGAUGCCGUGCUCGCCCUCAAGGACAAACAACCUGCGUCGGCAUCAUCAUCGUCAUCCUCCCCCUCCUCCCCGUCCUCCUCUCCCGCAACACCGUUCCCAUACCCGGAAAAGCGCACCCUGCUGCCUCACCACUUCGAAAAGGCGAUGCAGGAGAUCAGCGCGAGCAUCAGCGAGGACAUGGCGACGCUGACGGCGAUCCGCAAGUUCGACGAGCAGUACGGCGACAAGCGCGGCAGGCGCAAGAAGAAGAGCAGCUGGGGCUUCAACGUCGCCGCCGACGUCGGGCCCGGCGAGGAGGCGGCCAGGGUGCGGCCGUCCGCUUCGGCUUCGGCUGCGGGUGCGGGUGCGGCGUGGCCGUCGGCGAGGAGGUAG